CUCAUCCUUGGAAAAUACUUCCAUACACUAGAGAGUCAACCAUCCUCCUUCAUUUGGAUACAUUUUCUGUCUCUGGCUGCCAAAAUUUUUUGGAGAAAAGCGCAAUCAUUUGAGGUAGGGCUGAUUCCCCAGCAUUUGUAGUCAAUUCUAUUACAUCAAGAAAAAGAGUUUUUUUCUACUAGUAGACAAUAUUGAUCUAUAAAUUAAAGACCUUUCAUUGGAUUAUAGUCAUAUCCAAAGACUGCCAGGUUGCACUGUUUGAACUCAAUUGUUUUGAAGACCAGACACUCUCCUAUAAUAAUGCUGUAGUGUUCCUUUGGAAGUACCCAACCAUUAGAAAUUGGUCUCAUUUCUAAAGCUCUGUCAGCAGUAUUGGAAGUGAUUCUUGGAAGUUUUUGAAGGACCGUCUCAAUGUCAUUAGAGACCACUUUGCCCUCUGUACUCUGAAACUUUAAAACUUUCAAUACAUGAGAGAAAAAUCCAUUUGAGAAAAAUCUCAGAAGGGCAGAAUAACAAUCCAUCCAUUUUAUUUUGUCAUGGCAGUGCCAGAUGCUCUGGAGAAGGACAGUCUGUUUUCUCCCUUCCAGUCUAUCACUGUGUCUGUUCUAUCUGCUCCCCUUUUCUUCAUUGCCACACACAAUGUGAUGCAAAUUUUUACAGCUGCAGUGCCACCUUAUCACUGCCAAUCUAAUCUUACACUUGUACCAAAAGAUCCAUGUACUCGAUUCAUUUCACUGCUGGCAAAUGACACCGAACCAUGCAAACAAGGGGAGAGAGAAUAUAACUUGAGUUUAUAUACUUCUACCAUCAUCAGUGAGUGGGAUUUGGUUUGUGAACGAGAAUGGAUGAAGGAACUGGCACAGUCCAUUUACAUGGCAGGAGUGUUAUUCGGUGCAAUGUUAUAUGGACCUCUUGCAGACAGGUUUGGGAGACGGACGGUGAUCCUGUGCUGUCUUUUGCAGAUAGCAUCAAUGGGAACAAGUGCUGCAUUCUCACCUAAUUUUUCUGCCUACUGUGUGUUCCGCUUUAUGACUGGCAUGGGGAUUUGUGGUCUCGUCAUUAAUGACCUUGGAUUAACUAUGGAAUGGGUUCCAAAGAAAUAUCGUCCAACGGUGUCAAUUAUUCAAGGAACCUGUCUAACCUUGGGGCAACUUGUGCUGGCAGGAAUGGCUUAUGCCAUAACAGACUGGCGUUGGCUUCAGCUGGCACUCUCCUUACCUUUCUUUAUAUUCCCUAUUCUGAUAUGGUGGGUCCCAGAAUCGUACCGCUGGCUUGCACUCAAAAAGCGUUCCCAACAUGCCCUUUGGAGCCUGAAUCGAGCAGCAAGGAUCAAUGGGGAAAAAAAUGGAACUUUUAUCACUCUUGAGAUGUUGACACAUGAAAAUAAUGAAAACGCACCAAGAAGAUCUUCCUCAGCAACACCAUUGGACCUAUUUCGUACUCCAUCCAUGCGAAAGAUAACCAUUGGCCUCUCAAUGUCAUGGUUCUCUAGCAGUUUCUGCUUCUUUCCUAUUGCAAUGGACAUCCAGCGGUUUGGGUACAGUUUAUAUCUGAUGCAGGUGAUUUUUGGCUGUGCGGAGCUCCCCCUUAGGAUCCUGAGUACACUCAUGGCGGCUUAUGUGGGAAGACGGUUCUCUGUUUCCCUUUUCCUUGUAUUUUCAGGUGUUUUAAUACUAUGCAGCUUGGCAAUCCCAGCUGAUCUAUUACUCUUACAAAUGUCUUUCACUGUUUUGGCCAAGGGUUUUCUCGGAGCUUCUAUUGUCUGUGCUUAUCUUUAUACGGCUGAACUUUUUCCAACUGUGCUCAGACAAACUGGAAUAGGAUUCACCAACAUGAUGAUGAGGUUAGGUGCUGUAGUUGCACCCCUAGCAAUGAUGACCAAGGCAUAUGCACCCUUUCUUCCCCUAGUCAUUUUUGGAACAGUACCUAUUCUUACUGGAUUGCCUAUUUUAUGGCUGCCAGAAACCCUAAAUAGCCAGCUGAUGGACACAGUGGAAGAGGUAGAAGCAAGACACCAGAAGGCCACAUCUGAGAAGAAGAAGGAAUUGGAAUUUGGCACCAAACUUUAAUACAUACCCUGGAAGACACAAGCAGCCAAUCCAUUUUAUAUUAAAUCAUCUUUUAUUAUAUAAUAUAUUAUCUACUUUAGACCAACUAUUAGACUUAACCUUAUUUGCCAAAGAUCACUUUUCGUAAUUAGCUGCUAUGUUGCAAAGUACUUUGGAGGACUGAUUUAGGCUUUUUAAGUUUUUUUGUAGCCUUUCUUAGCCAUAAUUAUGGAUAUUUUGGGGGGCUACAGAUAAAUCUAAAGUCCAAAAAUUGGUUUCCAUAAUAUGCCACUGUGAAAUUCGCCAAGGUGGCAAUCUUUCCACUAUAGUUUUUCUCUGUGUUUUGGAAAAUUAGACCCUUAGCAUGCAGAAUGAGCACUGAGAUUGGGCCGCUGCUAGAGUUGAGUCAGGCUCUCCUAAGAGAAGGCAGGGACAGUGUACAACCGACCUGCCUUCUCGAGUGCUAUAUACACAGCACUCAAUGCGCACUGUGUAUACGGAUCAGCAGGAAGCAAUACUGCUACUUGGCAAGGUGAUCAUGUGUUUACCGAUGCCAGAUAUCUGCAGAAGCUGAUGUGUCUAAGAAAACCCAGAUCAGCUCUACAGACAAUGUCAGUGUGCUGUGUUUUCCCUGUAACUGGGGCAACAAUGUCAACCCCAGUUGUAGGGAAAAUCAGCAACAAUUUUUUUUUUUUAAAUGGCAUAAAAAUAGGGGGGCGUGGUGAGCCGCCGUUGAAGAUGGAUGCGUAAGCCUGCUGCUCCUGCUCCACGCUGCCAUCCCCAGUAAAUUGCCCGCUGUGAAGCUCUGCUACUUACAUGGGGAAGCACUCCAAAAGAUGUCCUUCCUC